UGCAUUGUGGGACUGUGGAGGUCUGCGGUUGGGAGGGGCCCGGAUUCCAAAGUAGAGCGGCACCGUGAUACGAGCGCCCGGUGUGUCCAAGCGGAAGCUUGAAGUGUCUUCGGUCAGAUGCAUCUUGUGAAAUGAGAUCAUUGUGGCUGAUCCGUCACCGCUGCGGAGGAGCUGAUUAGUACAGUAUGUAUCAGACAGUCCUUCAAAGUAACACAGUAUGUCUCAGACUGGAGAGAAGGUCAAGUUUUCAGACUCUGCUGGCUAUGUGGGAUUUGCUAAUUUGCCCAAUCAGGUUCAUAGGAAAUCUGUAAAGAAAGGAUUUGAAUUCACGCUUAUGGUGGUUGGAGAGUCAGGACUGGGGAAAUCUACCUUGAUCAACAGUUUGUUCCUUACUGACCUGUAUCCUGAACGGUACAUACCUGGAGCUGCAGAGAAAAUUGAACGAACGGUUCAAAUUGAAGCAUCAACCGUGGAGAUUGAAGAACGCGGAGUAAAACUUCGCCUAACCGUUGUAGAUACUCCAGGCUAUGGGGAUGCCAUCAACAGCCAAGAUUGUUUUAAAACCAUCAUUCAAUACAUAGAUAACCAGUUUGAGCGCUACCUUCAUGACGAGAGUGGUCUGAACAGACGCCAUAUAAUUGAUAACCGUGUGCACUGCUGCUUCUACUUUAUUUCACCGUUUGGACACGGAUUGAAGCCAUUGGAUGUGGAAUUCAUGAAAGCACUUCAUGGGAAGGUCAACAUAGUCCCAGUCAUCGCUAAAGCAGACACCUUGACUUUGAAGGAAAGAGAGAGGCUGAAGAGAAGAGUCCUAGAUGAGAUUGCCGAACACGGUAUUCGUAUCUACCAGCUCCCCGAUGCUGACUCCGAUGAAGAUGAGGAGUUUAAAGAGCAGACUCGAGUAUUAAAGGCCAGCAUCCCGUUUGCUGUCAUUGGCUCUAAUCAACUAAUUGAGGUAAAGGGGAAAAAAAUUCGUGGACGGCUGUACCCAUGGGGUGUUGUGGAGGUGGAGAACCCUGAACACAAUGACUUCUUGAAGCUCCGUACAAUGUUGGUGACGCACAUGCAGGACCUACAAGAGGUCACUCAGGAUCUGCACUAUGAAAACUUCCGCUCUGAGAGAUUAAAACGCACUGGAAAGCCAGUGGAGGAGGAAGUGAUGGACAAGGACAUGAUCCUGCAGCAGAAGGAGGCUGAGUUACGGAGAAUGCAACAGAUGAUUGCACAGAUGCAGGCUCAGAUGAGGAUGAAACCUCCCGGAGAUGAGUGAGCUGCUCCUUUAAGGGUCCUGGACCAACUUCAGGCUGAUCCCACCCGGAUGAAAUUUCGACAACUGGGUUUCAGCUGAAAAGGGACAAGCCUUAGUCCCCUUUUUCUAUCUUUGCUUACUUGUAGCUAUGUAACUUGUUUUUUUUAUAUUCACAUAUUUGAUAUUAGCAUUCAGCAUAUAACAGACGUACAAGAGGCCCGGCUCUUGGCUCAAGUUUUUAAUUUUUAACCCUCUGAUACAGACAGGAAGUCACAGGGUUCUCUCUGCUGUUUGUACUUGCACUGUCUAGAUCAUUAUUGCUAACUUCUUCAGUGUCAAGUUCCCAGCAUUAUUCUUAUCAUGUAGACUGGGAUGCGCACAUAAAUCUGGGCCAUUUAUCACAGAGGGGGGGUUCCAGAUCAUGAAAAUAAAAUUGUACCAGCAGCUUUGAUGUAUGUAAGGUACGAUACUGGAUUUAUUACCAGGCAGACUGAACCAGAGGUGCAAGGAUUAAUGGUACGUGCUCUCCUCCCUAGUGCCUUCAGAAAACGGUUCUUUUCAUAACUCCCCACAGGCAUGUAUGCCAUAGACAAAUAAUUGCUGUUAAACCAACCAGUGCCUUAAGUUUGAAUGUCUCAGUUUAACGCCAUUAAACAAUGUGGGGUUUGUAGCCUUACUCUUCUCCUUUUGUGCAAUGGUAGUUAAUGUUAUUCACGGAGGAUUAUCUAUAGGUUGGAAGCUUUUAGCCACAGGCACUUAAACAAUGCGCCGAGGAAAGUCUGUACUCCUGUGAGAGAGCUCCUGACAUACCUGCCUCAUGCAGCAUACA